CAAUGCGGCCAGAUGGGGGCUUCUUGAUCCUUUUCCUAUGUUGCCUCCAAUAUUAUCUUGUUUGAAGUCAAGUCUACACCAUAAUCUUAAUCUCUUGCCCGAGUAGCGUGUUGCUAUCUGCAAGCAGGACGUAGUAAGAAGUUGACUGCCUUUGCAUCCUGUCUUCACCGGCUACAGCUUACAAUAUUAACACACAAAAAAAAAAAACGCACACGCCUUGUUAUUCCGCCCAAAAAUAAACCAGCAUCGACUUUGGAUAAAGUUGUUGAGGCUGUAUCUCUUGUCAUUGCGCUUCUACUACCGUUCUGCUCAUUCAUCUUGAAGCACAUGUACCUGGUGCCAUCUUCUCAGCUUUGACUUUCACUGCUACCGCAAGAAAUUAUCAUCACUUUACGAAGUGAGUGAGGUGAAAAUAAAGAUCAUCUGCAAGCAGCAGCUUCAGCAGCUACUUCUACUAAAACUUCAUCUUUGCGUUGCAGCAAGUAGACGAGUAGUUUGACCUUGACAUCAUCACUGCUCAACUUAUCCAAGCAAAAAGCUGGUGGUGAGUUAUUAUAGUUUUGAGCAUUCGUGAAGAGCUUCUUCUUCUAUGCACAACUUCCGAGUCGAUGUCGAAAGUCGUCGUCUUCCUGACAAAGAAAAGAGAAUCCACCAAACAGAAAAAAGAAGUCGUCCUUCUCGUGGCCGUACGUCAUCUAAGGGUCGUUCAAGAUUAAGUUUAUGUCAGCACCUGGACUACGAUAGUACUCUUUGAAAGUCAUCUCCCAAUAUUGGUGAACCACACACCGCGUUUGGAUGUGCCUCGCUGAGUCUGUAUCCACUGCAGAAAGUUCAGAGCUUCAGACUUCUCAGGAAUCAACAAAUAAUUCUUGCAUUUUUUGCCAUGCGUAAUUUUCCUUUUUGGUGCAUGAAGGAGAUUUUUAAGAUUGAUCGUGCUGGUGAGACAGAGACAAUGCAUGACGGGAUUAUUUUGCAAAGUCUGUAUCUGUUGGUGCAUGUGCGUGUGCGUCUGCGUGGUCUCGACAACAAUUGGUAGAAGCGCUGCUCCCAUCAACAACAACAAGUUCUUUAUUAGCAUGUUCAUCGGUUCACCAAAUUUGCGCCGGCAUGAUCGCUCUCGAGUCUGAAGCAAUGACAUAUAAUUUGCAACGCAUACGCGCAACCGAGCAACGACGACCGCCACGAUCUAUCUACCUUUUCGCCUUCGUCGUUGGAGUUUUGUUCAUCUUCUACUUCCAACUUUACUUCUUCUGCGAACUACAGCAACGCCGCGUCUAGUACAACUACAACUCCAACUCCCUCCGCCGCUGCUUCUUUUUUGGAUUUCGUCUACAAGAACGCGACAGACUUUACUACCACCAGCGCCUGGAGCAGCUGUUGUGCCACGAGGACUUCCGCGUCAAUAUCAUCUUCACGACCACCAGUUGUACCCGUUGCAGCUACUAUUCAAACUACAUUUCAUCUGCCACGUGGUCAAGAUCUUUGUUCCAGCACAGCUGCCGUCGAGCUCGGAGAUUCUAAACUUAAUACAGAUUUGAACGAGAAGAGCGAACACGGAGCAGGUACUUUCUACCCCGAGGAGCAAGUAGAACUACAACAUCGGGAAGUUUUAUCCAAGCAGAAAAACCUGGUUCACCGAUCGUCCGCACCCACCCACACGACCACCUCUCUGCCAGCGUUCCGAUUUCUCCUCCGUUCUUUCCUCGCCCUAUUCACCAUGCUCUUCGUCGUCAACUUGAACCCGCAGGACGCCCCGGCGCUGGGGCCCCUGCUGGGGUGCUGUCUCGGGCCCGAAGAGCAGCAGAUUACGUACCGCGUGAGCAACUGGCUCUACGAGUUGGGCGUUCGACCGGAUUUUGAGUCCUGGACCAGGUCCACGGACCACUUGCAUAAGGUAUAAGAACGGGGUCACAAAAUGUCCGACUAAGUCCUCGGGGGACCUGCGUCCCACCCAGCCGGGUGGGCCUUAGGUCCCCUGUCCCAAUAAUUAAGUUAUAUAUGACUCCGCCACAGCUCGCGUCCGCCCAUAUUGUUUUCUCGCCGUUCGCCUUGUCGGUGUAAAUCUGUAUUAGAGUCUUGCACUAUUGUACUUGUGCCUCCAUUUGUCGCUAUUUAUCCAAGAAAAGAGCUUAUUUGAUGGUUGGUGUAAAUCUGUGACGCAGAAAAUGCACAACUGUUUCACAGGAAACUGCAGAAACACUUUUGCAUUUUCCGCAUCACAGGUCCCUUUUGCGUAAAAAGAGCUUUGCAUUUUCUGCAUCACAGAUUUAACCCACAACAAAGCAUUUUUCUUGGAUAAGUGCAGUGCACAAAUCUUCUUUCUUGGAUAAGUGCAGCAGUGCACAAAUACAAUAAUACAUAAAGCUACUGCGUCACAGAUUGACACCCACAAAAAAGAACGGCGAGAAAACUGGAACGGACGGACGCGAGCUGUGGCGCAUUCAUAGCUUAGCUCUAUAUUGGGACAGGGGACCUAAGGCCCACCCGACUGGGUGGGUCGCAGGUCCCCCGAGGACUUAAUCGGACAUUUUGUGACCCCGUUCUAAUUAAAAGUAGAUAAAGAAAAACUACAUGUUUGAUUUGAUUUGAUUUGGCGUAGCUGCGCUUGUAGAUGAAGAUGUAGUGAGAGUGUGACUGGUUCUUGUGCAUGCUCGCGCAUUUACAAAAUUUCGAUCUCUUGUUUGUCGUCGCUGCGUGUCAAUCAUCAUGAGAACGUCCAACACGAUCACCGUUUAUUGACGGAAACGCUCUACUUCAAUCAGGUCCUGCAGUCGUGGCUUUCGCACCUGCCGUCCGGGCACCCGCUGGAGCGCGACAAGGCCAGUAUGAUGAAGAUGCAGGUUAUCCAGGAAAAAACACCCAUCCCCAUCCAUUUUUUGUAUGAGAAAUAGUGGAGUUUAUGCAUGUUUUGCACGACAAAUUGGCUGCGGGUGGGUGUUUUUUCCUGGAUACGUGUCCAGGCGGUCACCGUGCGGCGCCGCGGAUUUCCCACCGUCUGCGCGGUGGGAUUCGGAAAAACGAAAAUGGACGUGCAGACCGCAGCCAGGUUGGCGUUGUCCGUGGAAGCUGCCAUGGCGUACGACGCAACCAACCUGAGCGAGUUGGACCCCUCCUUUCAGCAGCUGGUUUCCCAGGGGCGGCUGGUCCGGCAGCAAUCCAUCAUGGCCAGCGAGAACUACCACGGGCACGGAGCCGAUUUAAUCACGACGUCCAGUAUGGGCAUGCUCAUGGGCGCCGGCGGUGGGAACAAUGCAAAUGGAAACGGUGCUGGGGGAAAGAACGGAAAUGGAAAGAAAUAUCCACCUGUACUCGCGAAUAAAAGCUCGGGAAACCCUUUCACACGUACUUUUGGUGCCAAAGAAGAACGCCGUGAAUUGCAAUGCAACACGUUGCUGCUUGUUGAUCUGACGGUUUUUUGUCUCAAGGGGAAGUACAAGUAGGCAGUGGUGCACUAAGUUGUGCGUGCGGCUGCUCUUAAUAUCUAUUUGCAUUUUUUCGUGCGUCGUGGUCGUGUGCGGUAUAAUAACCAGAGGUUUUUAUUGAUUUUGCGAUGCAUAGGCGCAAGAACCAGCUCAUGUCAUCUCCGGCGCCGAAUAGCUCGAACGGAAGUAACACAACAAACUCGGGAAAGAAGCCGUAUUUUUUCGGGGACAACGACCCUAGGUUCGCCGGAAAAGGCUCCGGCAUGCUGAAUAAAGGCGGUGGAGCUGGUGCACCAAAUACAUCAAAUAGGCUAAACGUCGACGAGGAGCAGAUUCUGCCCGGAGUGAGCCGCAGCGGCAAACAUUUGAAGUCGCCCCCACCGCCGGGCAUGACGGUGAACCAGCAGCACCAGCACGCGGGGAACAAAAAAGGUUCCCUGUCUGCCGCCCGCGACGCCCGCGAGUUUCACCCGCAGGGGUUGGCUGGCGCCGGUGGUGCGGCCCCUGGACAGCAGUUCUACGAUCCGUCUGCCACGUCGACCUCGUCUGGCAGCCAACCGCGGGCGAGCGCGCAGCCGUUCUAUCCCGCCGGCAUGGGCGGCGGGCCACAUGGGCAUCACGGAGGUGCCGCUGCUGGAGAGGGACCACCCGCAUCUUCUCCGCAGGGGUUUGAGGACGCCAUGGGGUUCCACAAACCAGGAUCUGCCGGUGGUAUGCUUUACGGCGGCGCAGGAGCGGCGGGACCACAACCGGGCGACGCGGACGGAAACCAGCACGGGUUCAACCAGUAUAACCAGCAGUACAAUGAUAUCAGCAUCAAUAAUUACUACAUUCACAACCAAGUCAACAACACCGUACAUUGCUACAACCCCAUGGCCGGUGGGAGCGGAGCCGGAAGCGGCGACGCGGCCGGAGCUGCCUCGGGCUCGUACCUCUUAUUUUUGUUUUUACUUUUUUCCAUUGUGUGCUUGAUAUGUUGUGUCGUGGUAUUCCUCUCUCCUUGUUUGGUCUUGGUCAUGAUGAUGUCGUCGCAAAUUAUGUUGUCCGCGACCAGCAGUGUCGUAAAUUAUGAUGAAGAUGAUAUGAUUUAGAAUUUAAACAAUGCACAAUGAAUAAGACACAGCCUGGUGCGUACGUAUUGGUAUUGACCACACAAGAAAAAACAACACGUACAGGUACAGUAGCUAUUCCGCGGGCGCCCAGCCUUUCAUUCCGCUUUCGGAGCAGGGGCAGUUUUCGGCGGAGCACUACCUCGGACAGGCGGAAUAUGGGAGUGUCAGAGUUGAAAUCGACAAAGUUGAAAUAGCUUGUAAUGCAUAAAAUGGAUACCAGUUGCAAGCCCAAUUUGUAAGCGGCGCAUGACAAAUUUCGCAACCGUAUAAAUCCAGUUUGUCAUGCUGUUUUGGCACAGAAGACUGCUUUUGUCAUGCUCCUUUAGCAGCUCUUUCCCAAACCCUAAAUAGGCUCACAAUCUGCCUCACUUGCCAUCCCGGCAAGACAGGCACUUCAUGCCUUGCAGUUUCUGCAUGAGAAAUUAUUUCAACUUUGUCGAUUUCAAUCCUGACGCUUCCAUACGGAAACGGACAAUCUGAUGUUUUACGACCCCUUAUCCUGAGUAAAAACGUACCCACACCAUAGUUGUCAUGCAAAUCUGCAUGCUUAAAAUGUUUCUCAUGCGGAGCCCCAUGAGAAGCAUUUUCUAAUGGUGUUUUGAAACUUGUCAUGCUCCAAUCAGCAUGAGAGACUAGAUCUGUAAUGCUGCUGAACUAGCUCAAACAGCACUACACUACGCGUCCAAAUUUGUCAUGCGAAACAGCCAAAGCUUGUGGAUUUGUCUAGCCGAUUCCCCAUUUUGACUAUGGGGUGGGUACGUUUUUACAUAGGAUACCCCUCGUCCGAGUACCACCCGGGUAGCCUGCAGCACCAGCUGUCCGGGGGCAAUAGCGAUAACUUCCACGACGCUGCUGGAGGCAAUAAUAACGACCCAGAAUCGACGGAGGAGAACCACGUGGGCAAUACCGUCCUUGACCGGUUCUGCGAAAACCUCCAGAAUUCCGUAUUGCAUCGAAUAAUCUUCCCUCCCCAUUAUAUUGAAAACGCAUCCGUCUGAGCACUUGUGAUGCAGAUUUGUGACCACAAAUCGCGCCUGUCUUGCAGGAAGCCAAGUAGUGCAGGCUGUCCGCCGCCUUAUGCAGGCGACUUGUAACGCAAACGCUGUAGGGACUAGUAUGCACAGGGCAGCCGUCCACCAUGCAGCUAGGUGCCUACACAAAAAGGCCCCUGCCUAGGCUUGUGAUCUGCGUGCAGUUCUCUACUGCAAGACAAAUCUGAUUUGUGUACGCAACUCCAGCGUCGCGUCGGAUCUCCUUCUCGAUAUGGAGAAGGGGGAGCUUUCCUUUUGAUAUUCCGCGGUCACCGGACGCGCCCCUCCGGGCCUGAACCUAGACACUGCCGGGAUCAAGUCCUCUACGUCUGAGGAAGAGGAACAAGAGGAUCCGCACACGCUGCAAGUUCUAAACAUGUUCGGGGACUUUGGAGGCGGCGUUAGUACAACAACUACCGCAGGCGCAAACAAGAACAAAAGUGGAAACAAGAAUAAGGAUAGCACCGCUUCCGGUGUCAGCAGAGCUUCGAAAGACCACCAGAAGAAAGCGAAGAAGCAGAAGCUGUACGAUCAACAGUCCGAAUUAUCGAAGUCGUCUUAUGGCACGAUGAGUGAUGAAAGGGAAAACACCGUGUCGAAAGCCGUUCCGUCGUUCCUAAACUCCAUCACGGGCGGCUCGUAUAUUGGCGGGACCGCUACAAACUCCAAAAAUAAGGUGAAGAAGCAAGAAAGCACGAGUUUGGUGACUGCGCUCCUGCAAGCCGAAGAGGAAGACGCGGAUUUGAGCCCGAUAUGCAUGAGAGCAAAAGUAUCGUACUAGUACCAAUUGCAUCCAUUUUUUUUUUUUUUUAGGUGAAAAAUUCGAAGAGGACUCUUGUCAGCAGGACUUCCGAAGAGGACUUUUGUCACAGAGGACCUUCCGAAGGACGUUUGUCAGCAGGACUGAACUACCACUUCUAGUGCGAUACUUUUUCAAUGUAUACCCCAGCUCGAGCGACAAUGAGAACAAUGAUGAAAAGGACAACUAUCUAUCGUCAGAUGUUAACAAAUUGUCCGACGAGGACGCACUAUCCAGCUCAGAUGACGACGAAGAUAACACCUACAAACAUUCCAACCGGAGUUCCGUUCGGGGGCGGGGUGCUGGAGUCCACAACAACUUUCGAGGUGGAGGUGGACAUCUACGUGGGGACACCAGAAACAACAUCAACAGCUACCGAGAUGUUGGGUCGUACAACUAUGGGGAGUUAGAAGAUACCGUCGACCCCCGAGAUUUGGUGGACGACACGCGCGUCCGGAGGAGACUUUCUCGUCGCGAAAGCGACGAGUGGUGCGGGGCCGACGGAAGUAGAAGUGGAAAUCAACAGCAGAACAGCAAUAGUAGAAAUAACGGUGUACUGCCAAAAAGUUCCCCGACCACGACCGGAGGCACGAACAAUAACAAGUCCUCUCGGGGGUCGAAAAGAGAAAAUCUAAAUCAGCGAGAUAGCCAUAAUGCGAAGUCUCUGCUGAUGCAACUCGAGCAGUCAGGGACAAACAACGGUAGGAAGGCGUAUGGCUCGAACUCCGGAAAAAAGGAGCGAGGCGGGUACAACAAUCAUGGCGGGGGUAUCAGCGCAGGAGCCUUCGGAGGUAAUAUAGCGGAUAAUCUUCACUACGGUCCUGGCUCUUCCCCUCUCGAAGACGGCUCGUCGUACGCUGCUCCCCAUCAACGUCACGGGAAUAUUAACAACCGACCGGGAUACGAACUGAACUACGACUAUGAGAACAAUAACUACGACAACGAGCAGGAGCUAAACAAUUACAACUACAAUCCGAACAAGCUUUCUGGUGUGAAGAAGCACACCUCCGCGAAGGGCAUGAAUAACAAUAAUAAACAGGGUACUACUAGGGGCAGCACUAACAACAGCAAUAAACCCAACAACUCCUAUAAUAACUGGGAGGAGCAGUCGCAGGCCUCCUCUGCGUUUUCAGGAAAUCGAAACAACAAGAUGCAGCACCGAGGCGGAAACGGCAACGCGGCGGGAGGUGGUCCUCUGCAAGAAAUGAAUAACUUCGAAGAGUCCAACUGGGCUCGGGAAUCCGUGGACCGAGAAAUGCAGGACUGGAUGACGCAAAACAACCUUCAGCAUCUCCGGAACGCAGCCGCAACCGGAUCGGUGUCCGCCUCCGCCGCUGCGGCAGCGGCCGCAGUGGUAGUAGGACAAGACUACGCGUUUCCCAGUACGGCAGAGAUGCCGUUUUUCACCUACGCUGACGCAAUCAAGGAGAAGCAGCGCGCAGCGGAAGCGGCUGGGGAGAAACCGAAGCUGGUGAUUGCUCCCGCACCGAGCAGUAGUAGUGCUAACAACGCUCCUCCUGUUUCGGCGGUAGGUCAGGUGGCUCCUGCGAAGUCCGGACCUCCCACCCGGGCGCCGCCGAAGCAGCAGGCAGCAGCUGGGGUGGUUACAACCACUUCCUCGUCUGGUGCCGUCGGGCCCCCUUCCCGACUUGCACCCCCGCCGGCGAUUUCGCCGCCAACCGCGGAGAAUGUUCCCAGUUUGAGCGGACUUCCAGUUGUGAAGCAAACGUCGAAAACCGCCGUGAUUAUGUCUACCACCUCCGGCGCAAGCUCCUCCGGCUCCGCAAGUUACGAGGAGGUGGCCAUCGGGUCUGCGCACGCGAGCGCGCAACAGAAACUGGAGAAAAAACAGAUUAUCUUGGAGGACGGCCGGGUGCUCGACACGCUGGAGGUGAUAUCAGAGUGCACAAGAACCUAUCUAUGAUUCCCCGUCGUGUCUGUCGUCCCGCAUUUUUUGUCAUGCAAAAAUGCGAAUGAAUCGGAAUCCUGUGCCUGUCUGGCUGUGGGCCUUUCGGCCAUGCUUGCAUAUGCGGGACAAGUUCUGAAGGAGGCACUCCAAGGCCAAACUGCAGUAAUACAACAUUUUGGGCAUGGAUUGGUAAUGCAAGGGCAGUACUUAUUUUCUUGAGAUGGUUUCUGUUGCUAGAAAUUCAAAUUAUUUAAGUAUGCACUUCAAGAAUAAUAAAUGAGUGGGACGCUGCUGGCACCAUGACCGGGGAACAAGUUAGUUGUUGUGCACCCUCAUAGUUGAUGCGAAGCCAGGCGACUGCGACCUACGCGGACAUCGAGCUAGAGGCACUUACCAGUGCGGCGUUUGUGGAACAGGAGCAGAAACGAAUGAAAGAGCAGCACCAGCAGAACGGAGGAGCUGCAGCUUCGACGAGUAAAAGUACGAAUAACAAAAAUGGCGAUCAUAAAAAGAACCCGAACACAUCAGGAUCAUCAUCGACAUCAACUGCAAAUAAAGCCACGAGUAAAAAAGAAGAGGUAAUGAACGACGCCCGGGGCGGCGGGUCCUCUCCGUCUCUGCUGGGCCAGCUGAUUUCGGAACAAGAGAACAUCGAGGAAGAAUCCACUGCGCACCUAGAGCGGGAACUCAACAUGGCCCUCCCUUUACCUCCGUCCCGGAGCCAGAUGCUCGACGUGUACCAAGCAAAAAAGUAAGUGUUGACGGUAACGGUUUUGCUUUUGAGGUACUUAUUGCAGACAUGCAUGACAAAUUUUCGCUAUCAUGCAUGCUAUGCAAUACAAAUUUAGGCAUGAUAAUAUUUCUCGUGCAUUUCUGCAUGCCAAAUUCCGUGAACGCUCUAGCACUUUUUGGUGUGAUAAUGUGAUCCGCGAGAACAAGGUUGAGGUCGCACCACCGAUGGAUUUGUCGCGGUUUCUGCACGACCCGGUGCAGCUCUACGGACGCAGCAACGCCUACCAAAAGAAGUUAGAUCAAUACGGACCGGAUUACAGCAGCUACUGUCGAGUGGAGUUGUUUCGCGCCAAAAAUAACGACCGCGAAGGCCCGGCUUCCUCGAAGGAAACUACCACUGCAAAGGAGAUGUUGAAGCAGACAGUCGGGAAGCAGACAGGCAAAACUAGAUCAGUCGGAGGCAGCACCAGAGGUGCAGCAGCACCACAGGUUGAGGACGGCUCGGGCUCCGGCCCUCCAAGCGAAACCGGAUCGCGGAAACCCAGCACCGAGAGCGCUUUACGUGGUGGAAAUACAGCUGCGAACGGCAAGAACUCUACUUCUUCUGCGGCGAUGCUACGACGUGGCGAUAAGAAGCUCUCGAAUACUAGUGGUAAAACGAAUAGUAGUACCGGCAUCAACUCAUCGUCGGAACAACGACCGCAGUCGAUCAGUAGUAUCCAAGGCACAACAUCAAGCCUCGUAUUCAUAUGAGAUGCUGUCUUGCAUGACAAAAGAUCCACUCAGUCUACUCAAGUAGGCAAAUCACCACUGCAAAAAAUAAAUCCGCUUUUUACCACGACCUUGACGUCGAACAUUAUUUCGAUCUUCAGGCAGCAUCUCAUACGAGUGCGACAGUAAUGAUUUUGUAGAAAUGCAUAAGCAAGAAAGAAGAACGAAAGAUGAAACAGAAGGAAAGGGACCUGCAGAUCGCAGAUAAUCGGGUGGCAUUGGAGAAGAGCUCCUUGCUCACGCUCGCCAUUCGGUUUUUCCUCGAGAAGCCGCCGCAAUGGUUUUGGCCCUUCGUGUAUCGAGGAGAAAAACUGAGACGUCAGUGUACUAUGUGUCUCGGAGUCGUGCCAGGAGCGUGUUGCCAAUAAAUUUGGUCUGCACGACGACUUUGACAGAGGAAGCCUGUUAUGCGCAGCCAGUAUGUGAAAGCACAUAUGAAAUAGAUGAGGAUGUUGUCGUCCAUGGCUUGCCCGCAAUACAAGUGUAUAAUACGUUGCGUUCUCUCCUGCAUGACAGACCACUUACACCUAGCGUCAGUUUUUUCCUUGGAUAUCGUUCUGGGGAUUUUGUUGUGCUACAUCCUCAGCGAGCCGGGAGAAGAUGAACCGGAUAUGAGAUGAGUGCACAACCGCUACUUCACCUUGUACCCCUCACUUCCAUUUCCUUUUUUCAUGGGCAGUCAAUUAAUAUCCAGCCGCAUUCAACAAGAGGCACAACUGUCUGCAUGACAAAUUUCAGAUCAUGAAGCGGCCCACACACAAGUAGAACUACAGCGCGGAGCAGACACUUGUCUUCAUUCACAGGGUCCAUUACUUAUUUCAUCACUACUCUUGCCGCUAUUCCACCUAUUGCUGUAGUUGGUGUUGAUGUUCAUGCCUUUUCUUUUAAAAUGAGUACUAGCGGGGGAUGUCGAAGUUUGCGCUCGCAUAAUUUCGGAGACGAGAGAUGUUGUAAGACAGGGCAGCUGGAGAAAAUAUAACUGA